AUUACGUGCACGAAAAGAUGGCGGAAGUCAUCUGAGCAUUUCCACGAAAACCUCAACUUUGUAACCAUCUUACGGCACAAAUAACUUCGAUUUACCAGCCCAAUCGAAGACGAAAGCUUACAUUAUCUUCUCGCUUAUUAUUUCGUCGUUAUAGAGAAGUAUAAACGUCAAGAAGAAAUAAUUUUUACUUCGCAAAGGCGAGCGAGUGGUGUGAUCUUACGGUAGUCUAGAAUAUCAAGUUUCGUUCUUCAAGAGAUUUAAUCAUAAUUAUCGAGUUUAUUGUCUACAAGAAGCAUGCUCUUCACGAAAGAAAAGGUGCUUGUUUUAAUGGUCUUCGUUUUUGCUUUAUUUAAGCCAAAAACUGACGCUUCUACUUGCAGUACUCUUUCAAUCAAGUUACCAUUGAAAGCAAGGCAUGUAGGUUCUUCAACAUGGUUUGGUGCAGGCGAUGUCUUAAAAUUUCACUGUGAAAGUAGUGGUGCAACAAAACCAUACUAUAAACUAAAGGGAGUAAUAAAGAUUGAGUGUCAAAAGGAUGGAACCUGGAGCUCCAAAAUUCCAAUAUGUGCUGCUUCUGCCUGCCCAGCUGUUGGUCCAUCUGUUCCAAAUGCUCAAUUACUGACCACUAUAAUCCCUGGGGGGACCAACAACUUUGGAAAUAGAAUCAAUUAUAGAUGUAAUUUAGGAUUUAAGCUUGGUUCUAGCAGCUCUAAUAAGAUAUGCCAGAAGAACGGGUAUUGGGAAGGAAAUGUGACAUGUGUGGGCAUUGUCUGUCCUCUACCAUCCAUUAACUAUGGUAAUGUAACGUAUAGCUCAUUAGGCUAUGGCAGCGUAGCCAACUAUACCUGUGAUAAAGGUUAUGCUGUGAAUGGACAGCCAAUAAGAAUAUGUGAUAAAAGUGGGCAUUGGUCUGGAAAUACUCCUCUGUGCUUAAGGCUGUGUCCACAGCUAUCGGCACCAACCAAUGGCUACAUCAAGAACCUCGUGGAUUACCUUGCAUCUCGUGAAGUUGGUGCUACUAUAAGAUUUGUAUGUAACCCGAAUUAUAGAAUGAGAGGCAAUAAAUUCAGGACGUGUGAGGCUAAUGGGAGGUGGUCAGGACAGCAACCAAAGUGUGUAAUAAACACCUGCGGCUCACCUGGGCCGUUUUCCAAUGGGGUCAUGACAAGCAGCCUUCCAAAUUAUAUAAUUGGAACAGUCGUGAACUUUAGCUGUCAUUCUGGUUAUAAGUUAAUUGGUGAUGUGAGUAGAAGAACGUGCAUGCACGAUGGGCACUGGACUGGGAUACAGAACCCAACAUGUAAAAUUCUAUUUUGUGAAGAACCAGGAAACAUUUUUUACGGCAGUCAUGAUAAGCAUUCCGACAAGUACAGCUAUGGUUCCUCAGUUAGUUACUCAUGCGACUCUCGGUAUUACCUCUGGGGGAAUGCUACAUUAACCUGUCAAGCUGUUAGCUCUGGCCUAACCUACUGGUCAGGGUCAAUACCAAGUUGUCUGACUCUGCCUCGCUUUGAAGAGAAGUGUGUCAGGCUGAAAGGAAAGUUUAAAGUGGAACAUGGCCGACCUAUUUGUUUAUUUCCAGACGGUAGUUCUAGCACACCAUUAACCCCUCCUGUGACAUUUACUAAACAUUCUCCACUUAAAUCCUCCACAACAGCGACACACUUGAAAGGUGAAAGGAAAGCCGACAGAGAAUUGGACACGCUGACCAUAGUCACUGCCAGCGCGGGCUCCACUUUGGGUGCCUUGGUCAUUUUGCUCAGCGUCAUGGUGUUUGUGCGUCGUUUUCAUCGCAGUCGAAGGUUCAGGAAUCAUUCGAUACGCAGUCGUUUCUACAGUGAUGAUGACCACGUGACUUUGAUUGCCACAUGCCGGGAGGACGUGCACUUUGCUCUGCCGUCUUAUGAUGAAGCUAUGAGUCAGGUGCAGCGGGAUCCUCCGCCUUUUGAAACCGUGGUCCAAUCGAAUGGAGUGGGACCUACAAAUAAUAAUUCGCCCGUCUUGCCAAUCACUGGUGUUGCUUCGAAUCCAGAAGGGAGAGAUGACAGAGAUAAUCCGAGUGCGCAUGCUCAAAAUGAGAACUCCGCUGACCAGCACAUAAAUAUUGUCAAUAAUCCUAUGAACGAGAAUUCGUCUGAGGGAACAUCCUUACUUAGUCAAGUUGCUAAUCAGGGGGAGACCCCUAGUGAACAACCACAGGAAAGCUUUGUGAUGAAUACUCUUUCGUCUGAGGAAAGCCUGGUUGAAUCUGAUCCCACUUCAUCACGGGAAGGAUUGAAUUUGAGUGUCUCUGAGGACGAGCAAUCAAUCAACGAAUCACAGCCGUUAAUCAUAUCGAACACUUAGUUCUCUUUUGUAAUUAUUUUGUAAAUACAAGUGGGAUUGAAUUUUCUAAUCUGAUAAAAAUAAGUAAGCCUCGCUGACUUUAGUGAGCAGUCACUUCGAUUAUUUUGAAAAUCUAUGGUGUUAGAUGACCUGUGAUUUACGACCAAUACCUGUACAAAGACCUGUGGUUUGCGACCACUACGUGUAUGCAGACUCCUGAAUUACGACCAGUACACUUACAAAGAUCCUGUGUGUGGCUACGAAUAUUUGUAAGAAGACUUGUUGUUGCGACCAGCUGGAGCUGGAAACUAAUUUGAGUGUAAACUCCAUGCAUCUCUUCCAAUUCUUUCAAUCCAGUCGUUCAAUUUUUGGAACUAUAUUGCUAUAAAUAGAAUGCUAUCAAAAUUAAUAUUUUUCUCCCCUUAAAUAGGGAAAUCCAUAUGUUCAUAGGUUUAUCUUAAUAUCACAUUGUUGGAAUAAUUGUUCAAGAUUUAAUCUGAACGAAACAAAAAAAACCCGCAUUGUCAGCCGUUAUAACACAGGGUGAGCCCAAGGGCUGAGGAUCGUAGAGGCCUGGCAACUCUGUGCCACUCCAUAUUUGCCAUAACGUUUCUCUCUUUCUAGAGCCUAUUUAGGUUGAUAAGACAUUAGCCACCAAAGCAAGUAAAAAUAAGCCGGAACUAUAUAAAAAUAUACGUGCAUCCACCACACCACAGGUAGUCCAGAUAAUAGAUACCAAAUUAGUUGGUUUGCUGAUAAGAUUCAUUGGGUUAGUUGGUGACCAUGUUUGAAAACGAAAUCAAAAGUACAAUUAAAUUCUAUGAAGUUUUCUUAAA